UCAGUAUGCAACGUGGUUAGCAGCUGAACUCUGUCUUGAACUAUUCAGGCUUCAGAAGAGCACAACUCUCGGCAAUUCUACGAUAAGGAAAAGAGCUUCCUCUUCGGGUUUCACCUCAUUUUAAAUUUGUUUGUUUAUUUAAUGUGUUUCUUUUUUUCUUUUGUUCUGGAUUCUUGCUCGGGAGGCUAUAAUGUUUUGGGAUCUCUCAGGACUUCUAUUCAACUUUUUUUAAAGGAGUCUUUCCCUGCUGUUUUUCCCUCCCUUCCCUUGGAAUUUCCUGCUUUUAUGUGUUGUUCUGAUCCUGUCCUCGUGUCCGGAUGAAUGUACUCCGCUGGCACCGGCUCUCUGGGCUCUGGAAGAACUGGAUGUUCAACCAGGAGCCAGCAGAGGAGCAGGUCCCCAUCUCAGAGGAACCAGAGCCAUGCAAAACAGACGGGAGCACGUUCAAGGAAGACAAUUCAGAUUUAAAGAAAUUAACCGAGCUGGAAUAUAAGAACCAAAAAUCAGAACAGGACACCCAGAACUCAGGAUGUACAAAUCUAAACUCAACUUUAAAUACCCAAAAAUCAGAGCUGCUGAAACGUAGCUGCUCAGAGCCGUGCUCCUCGGUCUCAAACAGUGAGGAUCUGUCGUCUGGCUGUUCACACACCUCUGAAGGUUGUGGGUGCAAAUUCCUUAAAAGCUGCUAUUCUGAGGAGGGUGUUGACUGUGUAUUGCAGGUGGAUAACGGCAGCGAGGGGGACGACGGUUUUCUGCAAAGGGAGGGAUCCCAGCGCAGGUCCAGACGGCGCUUCAGGAGGGUCAACCCGCGAGGAGAGCGGGAACUCAUUACAGACGGGCAAGAACCCGCCGGAUACAACACGCUUCCUGCUGACCUCAAUAAGAUGCACUUAACUGACCACGCCCAUCAGCAAGUGAUGCACAUGCCUCCCAGCCAAUCAGGGUGCAGCAUCGCAAGUGACUCGGGCAGCAGCAGUCUGUCAGAUAUUUAUCAGGCCACAGAGAGUGAGCUGGGAGAUGUCGACCUGUCCGGACUUCCAGAGGCUGCAGUGGACAGCGAGGAAGAGGAGGAGGAAGACGAGGACCUGGAAAGAGCUUCAGACACCCUUCUGGGCCGAGACCUGGUCAGGGAGUGUCUGGAGAAAGACCCAGCCGACCGCAAUGACGACGACAUUGAGCAGCUACUGGAGUUCAUGCACCAACUGCCAGCCUUUGCCAACAUGACCAUGUCUGUGCGCAGAGACCUGUGUAGCGUCAUGGUGUUUGAGGUGGUGGAGCAGGCUGGCACAGUCAUACUGCACCACAAACAGGAGCUCGACCUCUGGUAUGUUAUCCUGAACGGCGCCGUGGAGAUCAGCCAUCCAGAGGGGAGAAUGGAGACUCUCUGCAUGGGCAACAGUUUUGGCAUCUCACCGUCGCUGGACAAACAGUACAUGAACGGAGAAGUUCGCACCAAAGGGGACGACAGCCAGUUUGUGUGCAUCGCCCAGGAGGACUACUGGAGAAUCCUCAACCAUGUGGAGAAGAACACGCACAAGGUGGAGGAGGAGGGAGAGAUUGUGAUGGUGAAGGAGCACCGGGAGCUUGACCGCAGCGGGACCAGAAAGGGACAUAUUGUCAUCAAGGGAACCCCUGAGCGAUUGAUCAUGCACCUGGUGGAGGAGCCUUCGGUGGUGGACCCCACCUACAUCGAGGACUUCCUGCUGACCUACAGGACCUUCCUGUCAAAUCCAAUGGAUGUCGGCAAGAAGCUGCUGGAGUGGUUCCAGGUGGACAGCCUGCGGGACACAGUUACAAGAAUUGUGCUGCUUUGGGUCAACAACCACUUCAAUGACUUUGAGGGUGACCCAGCCAUGACUCACUUCCUGGAGGAAUUUGAGAAACUUCUAGAAGUGACUAAAAUGAAGGGCCAUUUGCGACUGCUGAACAUAGCGUGUGCAGCCAAAGCUAAGUGGAGACAGAUUACUCUGCAGAAGGCGUCCAGGGAGACGCCGCUGUACUUCAGCGUGCAGGGCGGCAGCGAGAGAGGAUUCGGCGUCUUCGUUGAGUCAGUGGAACCGGGGAGCAAGGCCUCAGAGACGGGACUGAAGCGAGGAGAUCAGAUCAUGGAGAUCAACGGUCAAAACUUUGAGAACAUUUCUAUCACCAAAGCUGUCGACAUUCUCAGAAACAACACACACCUCUCUCUCACCGUCAAGACCAACAUAUUUGUCUUCAAAGAGCUCCUCAGCAGGAUCGUGCACGAGAAGAAGAACGGCGGCCCUCACAUUCCCAAGAUCCAGGAGAAAAAAGGCAACCGCUUCUCCAUUCCCGACCUUCCCGGAGACAUGGAGUUCCCUACGGACCACAAGAGCACCAGGAAAAUGAAAGCAAACACCGUGUCAGGGGGACGGAACAAGAUCCGGAAGAUGCUGGAGAAGACGCGCUUCAGCAUACUGCCGCCAAAACCGUUCAGUGAUGGUGGGAUGGGUCAGUCUCAGGACGACAGCAUUGUGGGUACCAAGCAGUGUCGUCACAGCGUGGCCAUCAUGCCGAUCCCCGGUAACCUGUCAUCCAGCAGCCCCGACCUGCUGCAGCCGGCCACCAGCGUCCUCGACUUCUCCAACCCUGCAGCCCUGGGACUCUACUACAUCCCCGACCAGGUGAUCCGGGUGUUCAAGGCUGAUCAGCAGAGCUGCUACAUCAUCAUCAGCAAGGACACUACAGCCAAGGAUGUGGUCGCCCACACUGUCAAUGAGUUCGGCCUCAUCGCUGCACCUGAGACGUACUCCCUGUGUGAGGUGUCAGUCAGCCCCGAAGGAGUCAUAAAACAACGCCGCCUUCCCGACCAGCUCUCCAAACUGGCUGAUCGGAUUCAGCUCAACGGCAGGUACUACCUGAAGAACAACAUGGAGACUGAGACGUUGUGUUCAGACGAUGAUGCUCAGGAUCUCCUCAGAGAGAGUCAGAUCACUCUGCUGCAGCUCAGCACCAUGGAGGUUGCCGCCCAGCUCUCCAUGAGAGACUUUGAGCUCUUCAGGAACAUCGAGUCCACAGAGUACGUGGAUGACUUGUUUAAACUAGACCCUUCCAUGGUGAGUGGUAAUCUGAAACAGUUUGAAGAGGUGAUAAACCAGGAGACCUUCUGGGUCGCUACAGAGAUCCUGAAGGAACCCAAUGCCAUGAAGAGGAUGAAGACCAUCAAACACUUCAUCAAGAUCGCCUUACACUGCCGGGAGUGCAAGAACUUCAACUCCAUGUUCGCUAUUAUCAGCGGUCUGAACUUGGCACCGGUGGCACGGCUGCGCAGCUCUUGGGAGAAACUGCCCAGCAAAUAUGAGAAGCUGUUCGGGGACCUGCAGGAUGUUUUCGACCCGUCCAGGAACAUGGCCAAGUACAGAAACAUCCUGAGCAGCCAGAGCAUGCAGCCACCCAUCAUCCCACUGUUCCCAGUGGUCAAGAAGGAUCUCACCUUCUUGCAUGAAGGCAAUGACUCCAACGUGGACGGUCUUGUGAACUUCGAGAAGCUGAGGAUGAUCGCCAAGGAGAUCAGGCAUGUGGUGCGGUUGACGUCAGCCAACAUGGACCCUGCACUCAUGUUUAGACAGAGGUCUCUGAGUCAGGGCAGCACCAACUCCAACAUGCUGGAUGUGCAGGGUGGAGCCCAUAAGAAGCGAGUACGUCGCAGCUCGCUCCUCAACGCUAAGAAGCUGUACGAGGACGCUCAGAUGGCUAGAAAGGUGAAGCAGUACCUGUCCAACCUGACGGUGGAGGCGGACGAGGAUAAACACCAAAUCAUGUCCCUGCAGUGUGAGCCGUCCUACAGCACCUUAUCAAAAAACUUGAGUGAAAGACGCGCCACAAAGUCAGACAUGUCUCCGGUGUCUCUGCGCUCGGCUCUGCCUUCAGGGAAAACCCAGAACAGGGUGUCGCAAGUCCUCCAGGUCCAGGUCCCACUGAACCCGCUACGAAAGAGGAGCACUGCCAAGGACAUAGGAACGCCUAACUCCAACUCUCCCCAGGUGGUAAAGAAACCUCCGCUGACUUCUUCGGAGGAGUGGAGUACAAAGAGACCGUCUGAUGACACCGUCUCCACCAUCUCCUCUCUACACUCCAGCCCCACGGUGUCGCCGCAGGGCUCCCCUCGCAAAGUUGGUGGAGUGGCCAAGUCCCACAACUCCAGCCAGAUGAACUUGUCGGGAUCCUCUUCGUCACUCACCAGUGACGUCAGCACAAAGGCCGGCACUAUCAGCCUGCGCAGCUACGGCAUAGGUUACUCUCUCCUUCCAGCCGGUAAAGCAGACAACCUGUCAGACUCGAGUCACAGCGAGAUCUCAUCCCGCUCCAGUAUCUGUUCAGUUGACUCAGUGCCAGCUCCAGGACUUGAGGAUCGGUGUAGCAGCAGCAGGACCUGCUCUUCUUCUGCAUCUAGUAAUACUACAAAUACAACCAUGACAUCUGCUGCAGUUCCUGAGAGCACAGCAGCCUUGCACUUAAAUGCUGAAUACAACCAGCCCAGCACAAGCAGUUCCUCGUCCUUGGCCCGGGGACAUGUAACGCGAGCCUCCACCUUCACCUCCUCCACCUCUACAGAGGAGCUGACCCCGGACCACACCUCUCUGGACUCAGUGGCAGACAGUGGCCGAGGCAGCUGGACUUCCUGCUCCUCCAACUCCCACGACUCCUUCCAAAGCCUCCCCAUCUCCUCCUGCCGGCCCUGGGACCACGGCAUUCACGGACAUCCGCUCUCCCUCCCCUACACGCACCUGGGCACUUUCAAGCACACGCAGCUGGCAGGGCCAAUAGCGGAGGUGGAGGCCGCUGCAGCCGCUCACACCUGGACAAAUGAGGACUCUUCUGUCAAGCAUCACUCCAGAGACUCCAGCUCAGAUCUGUCCAAUCAGUCGCGGCAGAGCUGGGCAUCAUCCAGCUCGCUGUCGGACACCUAUGAGGGGAAUUAUGGGACGAUAAAGCGGAGAAACACCACGGAGAACCCCUCCUCUCCCACCAUUGAGGAAGGAGGGCAAAGCACAGACCCUGUCUACAAAACGGUGACGUCAAGCACAGAGAAGGGCCUGAUAGUGUAUUGUAUCACCUCCCCUGCCAAGGAUGAGCGUUAUCGAGCUCCCCCUCCCACCCCUCCAGGCUACCAAGGUCUGGCUCUGGGGGAUCUCGGCCUCACAGACGGAGUAGUAGGAGGGCCAGGAGGUCUCCUCCCCAGGCCUCCUCACCUCAGACCUCCGGACUACAGCGUGGCGUUGCAGAGGAGCAAACUCCUGCAGAGCCCCGGAGCAGCAGGGGGUCUGGCUGAGGCUCGGAGGCUGGCUGCUAACCAUCAUCUCCAACAAGAGGGCCGAACUGGAGGCUCCACCCAGGACCACUCCAGACCGCCCAGCAUCUGCCUCCCAACACAGGAGCUGGCGGACAGUGAGGACGAUGAACAAGUGUCGGCAGUGUAGGGACCGUGACGUCACACUCACACACGGACCAAGUGGUGUUGAUCAGGACUGAGGGAGCAGCCUGUCAUCAGAGCACAUUUUUCCCCCCUCCCUGGACCAUAAUGCACCUGUGUAGACCUGAGCAAGGGGGGUCGGUGUGACCGCUGACCUCCCAGGACUCGUACAUUCACCUCUUUUUAAGCCCAUUUCACAAAACAAAGAACAAAAAGAAGAUUUUAGACUUUUUACUAACUCUUGAACAAAGCUGGUUGACAAGCGUUUAAAAGGACAAAAGACGGAAAGAGUGACGAUGACGAUGACGACGUCGCAUGAGAAGAAGUCAGCCUCCUUGAAAACAGACCAUGUACCUCCAUUUUGCACUCCAAGCUCUCGUGUCUAAAGGUGUUUCGCUUUUUAAAAAACAUAGUUUUAACAUGUUGUACAGAUAAUGCUUCUUCUUUUCAUUGACAUCUCUGAGCUUUGCUAAGUUUUACAUGAAAUUGUUAUGAGGAGCAUGCAAAGGGAUUCAAGUCUGUAGUCCAUAGUGUAAGAAUAAGCAAAGGUGUACAUUUAUUUUUUUGGUUAUUGUUUGCAGUAAGCUCAAACAAAGAUGAAUGUUAAAUGAUGAGAGACACAGAAAGCAGAUUUAAGUUCUCAUGAGGGUCUUUGUCUGGGCUUAUCAGACCCUGGCACUGAUGUUGUAAAUCACAUAAAUCUUUUUUUUUUUUUUUCACACCAACACAUCAAAUGCUGAAAAAAACAGCUACAAAACCAACUUCAUAAGAAAAGAUACUUUCAACUUUGACUGAAUUUUAGGUCAGGAAAGCCACAUAGAGCCCCUAAACACAGUUUAACACAGUUUAUCUCAAGAGAACUCCUGAAGUAGCAAAGUGCAUGUUUGUUUGUGUUUACCACUUAUUGGACAUUGGAAAAGAAAAGAGAGAGAGACAAACAGCAUCUCUCAGGCAGUUCAGCGUCUCUGCCAACAGGCCGCCUCUCUUAUUGCUCGUUCAGUCUGAUGUGAGGUACUUUAGCGGCAUGCUGCCUCCUGGAUGUUCUAUAAAAAACUGUAUUAUAACUUGUUUUUAAUGAGCUGAAGAACAAAUGCCUCGCUGCUUCCUGUAGAGUAAAACAUCGUUAUUGCAGCAGCUAUCAUAAAAACAAUAAAUUAGCACUGUGUGGUCGCACAGCGUGCAUGUAUACACACACACACACAAACACACACAUCAUGAGAUAAAUUACAGUGUUUACACCGACGCUUACAUGUUUUGUUUACAGUGUUUAUUAGACUAGUUGUCUAUUGAUUUACAAGCUGAAAUGUUGAAGCGUAAUACUCUGGGUUUAUUUGACCUUGUAAAUUUGUUUAUAAUGCAGCAGGAAUGUGAGAUGCAGCAUAAAAAUUUGACAAUGCGCUCAGUGUACCUCUCAUAUCGUCUUUUUUUUUUUUUCUGCUUCUUAUUUAAAAGGACGAGCAACAAAACAAGUCGACAGAUCACGUGUUUAUAACGCCUGGCUUGCAUCUCCUUUCAUGUGCAUAGACAAUUCUGUAGAAUAUUUAAAGGAUUUGCUUAAAAAUAGUUUAUUUGUAUUGAAAGCAGAAGAAAACGUGUACAUUCUGAGUCAAGUUGGUGUUUUCUCUGCAGUGCAGCAGGGUCAGAACUGGAAUCUUCUCUCCUUAUUGUGUAUCUUGCGCUCUGUGAUGCUUCUUUUCUUUACUUUUGCCACACAAAGACUUGAAAUGAUUGAUGCUACUAUAUACAUGGCAUAUAUAUAUAUAUAGGAAUUUAUACGCAUUUUUUUUGUUUCUUUGCCAUAAAUUAAUUUGAACUGAUCAUGUAUAGAUGAGUACAGAGAGUCCUCUAUAAAGGCUAUUUUUAAAUAUUUUGUUAUAAGAAAUAACCCGAGGUUGUGAUUGCCCCGUGUCGUCGGGCAGGAGUCUUUUAAGGAAUUGAUCCUAGUUUUUCUUUUCUUUUGUGUGUGCGUGUGUGUGACUUGUUUUUUCUCCCCUCACACUCACUGUUGUUGGUGCCAUUUCUGCUCUGUCUAUAACCGUAAAUGCUGCUGUGUUUUGGGAUAUGACUGUGUGUGAACGUGUGUGUGUGUGUGUGUGUGUGUUGUGGAAUUAUAUUUGUGAGGUUGAAAUCAACAUAGCCUUUUGUUUUUAAUACCGUCUUGAUUCAGCACAUAAGGACAGGCUCAGAAGUCAUUUUCAAUGAAAACCCGUCUUAGCUCGCAGCUUUGAUUAUUCUUGCCUGCAGAACAUUGGAGCCCUUGUGGGACUCUUUUUUUUUUUUUUUGGAACAAGACUAUCUUCUUCAAACUCUGACUGGAUGAUUUAGAGGAGUUUUUGAUGACAGCUCAGUCUGUUUGAAUUUAACACAACAAGCCCCGUCAUGAUGGUGACUAUUAUCUGGUUUCUCUCCCCUCAACACUGUCAGCUCUGCAGGACUCUUUGACCCUGCUUGACUUGUAUGAUGGAUGUCACUGAAUCCAUUGUGACCCUAACCCAAGUCCCCUUUCUUUAAUAACAAUAGUAGAAAUGUUGUUACAGACGGAGUCAGAAACUGAAAACUACUUUUUUGUCUUUCCUCUUUUUUUGCACAUCUGAAUUCCUCAGAUUCUUUACCGUAAAUCAGUAUUAAUGUUCUGCACGGACGAUUUAGAAAAUAACUGAAUCUACAAACUGGCCCUUAUGUCAUGAAUGUGAUAGAUUUUAGUCAGAGGAAACUCUUUUUAUUUUACCUGGCCUGCUUUGAAAUGUUUGGAUGAGAGUGAAACAUCAGGUAACACAUUUAGCUUUUGUCUGUCUCUCCUUUAAUGUUAUUGUUUCUCGGAGAAGUCCUAACUACAAGAAGGGUUGUUUUCAUGGAGGAUCUGGCAGUGAGCAGCUCUUGGCACUGUGAACAAAACUAGUCAGUGUUUUUUUCAACGUAAGACUGGAGAGGAUAAACUUCAUGUCUUCUCGUAGCUUCUGAAAAUAUCUGCCUGAUACUAAAGACCCAUCCCCCCCCUCUCAUUUCUCCUCCUCGUCCUGCCAUGUUUCCUGGAAUGCAAUAAGAGAGAUGUGAAUGUGUUUUGUUAUUUAGACAUCUUUUGGCAUUACAGCAGAAAUGCACAACAAUAAGCUUCAAUAUGUGGUGAGUGUGCUGCACAAUCUGUACAAAGAGGUAUUAUUAACUUGGUCUGUGGCUUAAAGUUUGCUUCACACUUCUCAUAGCUGUUGUAACUUAUGUCUUUUAGAAAGACAACAUGAUUUUGCUCGUAUGCUUUUUAUGUAUUUUUUACGAGUGAUUGUAAAUAGUUGUUAUAUUUUUGUUUAAGAGAAUGUUUGAAAAUAAAAAAAUAACUUUUAUUUCUCCAAGUCUACUGAUCUGAAUUUGGAAAAUGAAUAAAAUGUAAACCAAC